CCGGCCCUCCGAGGCGGCGGCGGCGGCGGAGUCUUUGUGAGCCCGGGCGCCUCGAGUCCGCCUGCAGUUAUAUUUAGGCAGCAGGUGUGGGAGGCACCACGAGCCCGCCCGCGGGGUCCCGGCCACCCCACCACGUGAUGCCCGGGCGCCAUAAAUAGCCGAGGCCGCCGAGAGGCCGCUAGAGCAUCCGCCCGCCCGGAGGCCAGUGCGCCUCCAGCUCCGGGUCCCGGCUGCACCCGGCCCGGCCCGCAUGGAGGUGGCGGUGGGACGCCUGCGCACGCCGACUCUGCCUGCUGCGGACCGGCCCAGGAUUUAUGGAGAGGGCGUCGGGGGGCAGCUCUGAGUACUGCCGGGCCCAACAUCACCACUUCACCUGCUGUUGCUGAGGGGGCCCCUGUGCCUCUGACCCUCAUCAUUGCCCUCGCCUGCAUAUGGCCCCCACUGCCCGGCCCCAGGCCGGCUCUGCUGCCUGAGCCCCCUGCUUCCCACCAGAACUUGCCCUACCCCGAUGGGGUAACGUGACGGAGGCCCAGUGCAUCAGAGCAUCAGAGUUGCCUGCCUCAGCUGCCUCUUGCAGCCCGCACCCCAAGACUGCCCUGCCUGUUCAGUUCAAGUUGUCUUUUUCUUUGGCCCGUGGGGGCUUGGGGCCCACUUUUGUGCAGAGGGGCUGCCUGCCCAUCCACUGAUGUGGAGAGGCUGUCCCUGGCAAGAAAUUAAACGCUGGGUUUGGCCACGGUGGUUGGGCUCCCUCUGGGCUUUGGGAAGUUUUCUUUACUGACUGUUUUUGGGUUGUUGUUAGUUUCUGUCUUUCCCCUGCUAAUUACCCAGCUCUGAGAGAUAGGAGCUGGGAGUUGCCCGUUUUACUUUUUUUUUUUUUGGGGGGGGGAGGGUGAUUUGCUUUGUUUCUUUCCUUUUUCUAUUCUUUCUUUCUUUUUUCUUUUUUAAGAGUUGGACUUUCUUUUAUAACUAUCCACACCCAGGCAGCAUCCUCCCCCCUACCAAGUAUUUGCACAAUAUUUGUGCGGGUGUGGGGGGCAGGUUUUUUAAAAUAGCUUUUCUUUUUUUCUUUUUUUUUCCUCUCUUGGACAAGCACAGGGAUCCAGUUCUCUCUAGUUUGAGGGAAGACUGGUAGGGGCAUCUCUCCUCUGUGUGUCAGCCCUUUCUGCACCCCCUUCCUGGGCCUGCACCGCUUUUGGGAGGGGGGAACGCCAUGGCGCGGAUGAACCGGCCCGCACCCGUGGAGGUGAGCUACAAGAACAUGCGCUUCCUCAUCACACACAACCCCACUGAUGCCACCCUCAGCAGCUUCCUGGAGGACCUGAAGAAGUAUGGAGCCACCACUGUGGUGCGUGUGUGUGAAGUGACAUACGACAAGGCACCCCUGGAGAAGGACGGCAUCACCGUAGUGGACUGGCCAUUUGAUGAUGGGGCACCCCCACCAGGCAAAGUGGUGGAAGACUGGCUGAGCCUGCUGAAGGCCAAAUUCUGUGAUGAUCCUGGCAGCUGUGUCGCUGUGCAUUGUGUGGCCGGCCUGGGGCGGGCGCCGGUCCUUGUGGCGCUGGCCCUCAUUGAGAGCGGGAUGAAGUAUGAGGACGCCAUCCAAUUCAUUCGACAGAAGCGGCGAGGUGCCAUCAACAGCAAGCAGCUCACCUACUUGGAAAAGUACCGGCCUAAACAGAGACUGCGCUUCAAAGACCCCCCCUCACACAAGACCAGAUGCUGCGUCAUGUAGCUCAGGGCUGAGCGGCCUGCGGGGCUGCCCCCCCCCCCCCAGACCUCCGUGCACCUUUCUCCUGCAGCACCAGCUGGCCCCGCGUGCUCCCCAUGCUGUCUGUCUGUCCAUUCCGACCUGUGUCUCUUGCUUUCUGCACUG